CCUUAAUUUCUAAAGUCUAACGUCAUGACGUGGCAACCUGACAAUGCCGGUAAUUCAAUUCCUGCCGGCGAACAGCCACGUAAAACUUCUCGCAAGUUCUGUCUACCCUCCGACGCGCCCGGAACCGAUGCAUCAGCGAAAUCACCGGCGCAUCCAGGCUCCGACCGAGAUUUGGACGCAGCUUCUUACUUAGAUUUGAUGAAGGCCCGGGAAGCGGUCAAGCCAAGGGGCCGCCCAAAUAGUGACGUUUAUUUCCCUCCGGAAACAGCUGGAGCGGCUUGUGGAAUUCCGGAGGAUACGGAACGUGAACAAGCUGAGCCAUCGACUACUCAGGAUCACUUGAUUUCGGUUGCCCCGACUCAGCCCAAAGUAAUCGGCCGAAAAUGGAAUCCCCGUAACUUCAGGCUACCACUUGUCCACCCACCUGGGGUGGAAUCGAGACACCGCAUUUCAGUCAAUGAAUCCGGGCAUAUCUCGGCAAAGAUGCCUGCGGAAGCGAAACAUCCUACCCACCUUGCUUCUCCCUCAUCCAUUAUCCCCGGGAUAUCCCAACGUGUCGAGGUCCCAGGGUACCCUAUCACACCCGUAGAACCCAGGACUUCAGCUUCCAGUCCGCCACAAGCCGAGCCAAACGAAGAGGAUGUAACCAUGGGUUCCCCGAACUCAGGACCAGUGGACAACAACAAGUCAUCCUUCUCGGAAAUACUCCACACGGAAGCGGAUCCAUCCAGCGAUUCUGACAUCGAAGUCAUUGAGUCCCCAAUGGACAAGCUAAUCCAUCGCAAGCCACGGCACCACUCCCCGCCCCCCUCGCCGAUCAUCAUAUCGGACUCGGAGCCUGACAGGACAGCAUCCAGCGAGACUGGAUUGCUCUUUGACCCAUCCCCUGAAUUGCACCCCGCCCGUGGCACCUGUGACGACAGCGGCCAACCCAUUUCCGACUUUUCCGAGGGAGUGCAGCCUACCCUUCAGCGUGUUAUAGUCUCCGAUGGCCAACAAAACUGGACCCGGUUGCCGUAUCUGUUUCAGGAAGGUGAACACCCUGAGGACCUUAUACCUCCUGGGGCUCCGCUGGCAGCUCGGCCAGAGGACUGGGACCCAUUGGUUAGGGGAGGUGGACUGGUUGCUAUACCCGAGGACAUUACAUUGGCGGGAAAUGAUUCCAAUCACGUUGCUGAACAUACUUUGGAAGAGAAUGGCAUCCGGUAUUUGCAAAACGAUUUUGCGGACCGGGUUGUCUCGACCAUGGAGUCCGCACCGAUGGGGAGGAUGUAUACAUCCCCGGCUGAGGCCACCGCUCCUCUUGAUCCUUUUCAUAAUCUCUGGACCAGGGACAGUGGGCAGCCUCUCCAAUGGCCUCGUAAUGUAGUCGGCCCUUCUUACAGCGGCCGAGCUCCCACGGCCUUGUCGGAACUGCUCCAUCAGCGGACGAUACUGGAAUCGCGAAUCGAAUCCUUGGAGCAGGUCAGGCGGUCCAACGCCCUCAAUAUAGCAACUGUAGGAUGGGUUCUGUCAUAUUACAACUGUGCUCAGUGGCCUCAGCCACCUCAGCAGUGACAAUGUCCUUAAUACUCCAUUUGUAUGAUGCACGUAUAAUACUAUCUGCUCUAUGUAUGUCCAUGAACCCUCUAUAUGGAUGUAUUCCAUAGAGGCUAGGUAGGGUCCAGGUGCAGUAAUGGCAAAUUUGUGAGAAUUGGA